AUGGAAGAGCUUCUUCUCCGCGAUCAAGGCUGUCUAGGGUCCGCCAGCCAAAUUUAUUGCAUCUAUUCUCAGCGCGGACAUCAAGACCCUACCCGCUGAGAAGACACAAAUUCUACAACGAUGGGCCGAGCACAUCCGAGGCGUCCUCAACCGUCACUCCAUAAUCUCCGAUGCCGCUAUCGCCUUUCUGCAUCAAGUGGAGGCCGACGCCGAUCUCAACCUACCGCCCUCUCUCCACGAAAGCAUCAGGGUCGUGCAGCAGCUCUCUGGCGGGAAAGCGCCCGGAUCAGACGCGACCCCUGCUGUGAUCUACAGGCACGGUGGCCACCAACUCAUGGAUUAUCUGACAGCGCUCCCACGGGAGACAUGGCGUCAAGGAGAAGUCCCGCAGGAUCCGAAGGACAUCGAGGCAUCUCCUUGCUGA